AAAAAAAGUCAACGUUUGACGUCAGUGUUGUGUUGGUCCAAAAUGACGGAAAGCAGAAUCACGCCGGGGCGCGACGAUUGCGCGUACAGCAGCUGCUACUGUGAAGAAAAUGUGUGGAAGCUUUGCGAAUCGGUCCGUACGGAGAGAAGCGCGCCUCUCCAAGAACUCUUUGUGGUGUUCAUCUCGAACGACAACAGAACGGUUCCUCUGUGGAAACAGAAGUCGGCAAGCGGAGAGCAGCCCGUGAUUUGGGUAGGACCGUGCCAGGAUUAUCACGUGGUUCUACUUCACGUCCCGGCUGGGUCCGAGGCCGCCGUUUACGACCUGGACUCUGUCCUGCCGUUUCCCUGCCCCCUGAAGCUUUACGCUACGCGUGCCCUGCGCAGCGACCGCGGCGUCCGGCCUGCGUACCACAGGAAGUUGCGAGUGGUCCCUGCCGACUGCUUCCUGUCGAACUUUGCCUCGGACCGUUCACACAUGAAGAACGCUGAUGGGUCCUGGAAGGUGCCCCCCCCGCCCUACCCCCCAAUCUCCACCGCAGACUCUCACAUGAACCUGGAUGACUUCAUCACCAUGGAGCCCUCCCGCGGAUGGGGCCGCAUUUUUACUUUGGACCACUUCCUGCGGCUCUACGCCAAAGACGUGACCUCGCCGCCGUUCUCGUAGUAUGCGUGCGUGUCUGUCUUUGAAUGCUAUUGCUAAAUGUUACUUGACAUAUUUACCACAAUAAAAGUCAUCUGUUUCACAUUC